UCAUGGGUGUCUGAGAUCAUGCAUGUGGAUUAGGGGAGGAAUAUCACUGUGUGUUAUGCUGUCCUGUGCUGCAACAUGGGCAGCAGUUCGAAAAGAUGUGGUUGGCUGGCUUCAGGUGUCACAGAGGAAGCACAUGAUCGACUUCAGCCCAGAUGGUAGCUGUCAUAUCGUACGGGAGACCCAACUAGUGAGUGGGAAUUGGCCAAGACAAAAUUAGGGAGAGAAAUUGAAAUCCAGAGCAAGGGCAAACUGGUUGCAGGAUGGGGAAACACUGAAUUGGAGAGGAGGAUCAAUGACCUUCUGGUGUCUGAUGUGUUAGAAAUUUGCCAGUCUACCUGCAGGAGUGGGCUAAAGUGAAAGUUCAACUCUAUUUGUGUGUGUGCAGAAGCUAUGUGACUAAAACUAGAGUUUGUAAGGCUUGAUGAAGGGAUUAUAUUUCUGCCUCAUAUGAAACUUUGAAACACUAAAAUAUUUUUGACAUGUUGAUUCUUGUGGGUGUCUUGUGUACAUUGCUCUCACAUUGGGUAUUAUGACCAUCAUUUAUCAAAAUAAAAAUGUAAAUAUCCAAAUAUGCCUGAUAACACGUGUCAGGGUUCAUAGUGUACUGGAUUAAGUCUGUGAUAAAGGGAAGUUUCCCUUGAAAAUGAAGCUUUUUUCACGUGUCGCUUAACUUGAUAUUAUGGGAAUGUUAUUCUAGCCAGAUUCAAAUCGGAAUCCAGAAGCUUUUAACCCUGCAGCACACUGAAGCUUCAAACAUGUCUCAGUAUUCCUCUUCAAUGACCUGGUGUGUCAACCAGGCCACUGACACCUCAGCCUGUGCAUACAUCCUGUUGUAGUUUUUGCAAGCUGAGGAAAGCCUAAUGUUGCUGUUCCUGCAGGUUUACUGGUGACUACGUGGGCAAGAGCAAUCACUAAAUCAGCCAAAUUGUCCUUAGCCCUCAUCGUCCUUGACCUUUUUAGCUACCAUCAACACAGUCAAUCAUAAGACUCUCCUAUGCCUCCUUGAAUCAUAAAACUUGAAUCAUGCCCUCACUACUACAAUAUAAUCAAGAAUAAGAUGUGUAUAAAGGUACUCCUUAGUAGUUGCUUUAUGCUUUGGGGCAACAGUGUGAAAUUUAUUUAAUUUGGUGUCUUUUGUCAUCAGUUAUAAGAUUACAUCACAUGCAGUAUAUUGCCUGAGGCACAAAUUCACACCAGACAUUAAGGAACCAGUGAAAAAUGUUUUAUCCCAAUUAAACAUAAAUAGCAUAUUAUUUGAAUAUUUAUUUGAAUUUGAAUAUAUUUGGAUAUAAGAUUUCAUAAAUGCUUGGCACGUCACUCUAAGCAAAGGGGCAGAGGCAUGAACAAUACUGACUAUCAAAGACAACCACAACCAGAAAGUCUUUGACUCAGUGUGUGUUGGCAGCAUGAUGAAGGUCUUGCACAUACUGCUGCUUGCUGCAACUUUCAGCAUCCUCACUUUUAAUGUCACACAUGGAGGGAAAAUCAUCCAUGGCGAGAAAGCCAAGAAGAGCUCACUGCAGUACAUGGCAUCUGUGCAGUUUUAUGGUGUGCACAUAUGUGGAGGAUUCCUCAUAAACCCCAGCUACGUGCUCACCGCUGCCCACUGUGGCAUAGAUCACCUUAGUGUGGUUCUCGGGACUCACAACAUCGAUCCGGGAAGCAAUAAUAAUCUGAGAAGAUACAGAGUGCAAAGCAAGCACAUACACCCAUCAUACUGGAAACAACCCUCUCAUGGGUUUGACAUCAUGCUCCUGAAGCUUUCAGAUAAAGUCAAUCUGAAUGAUGAAGAUGUGAAGAUCAUCAAAAUCCCAAGCAAGCACCAUCUGGUCAAGCCCAAUAUCAAGUGCGAUGUCGCAGGAUGGGGAAGAACUGAAAACAAACCGCAGGUGAAUGAUCUCAUGGUGACUCUUGUGCCCAUCAUAAAUAUCACAGUCUGUAAGAAGAAGUGGGACGAAGUGGAUAUUCAACUCCCAGCUAACGUUCUGUGUGCAGGAGGCUACGAAACAGGAAGUGGAGCAUGCCAGGGUGAUUCUGGUGGGCCUCUGGUGUGCAAUGGUCUUGCAGUGGGCAUAGUGUCCUUCAAUUAUAACCGAAAUUGCAAUUAUCCAAAUGUGCCUAAUGUCUACACUGACAUUUCAGCAUACGCAGACUGGAUAAACAAAGUGAUCGAGGAAGAUGCUUGAGACGUAUUUUUUCAUGUGUUGCUUAACUUGAUAUCAAGUCAUUUUAUCAUUGCAUAAAAUUGUAAUCCUUAAAUAAAGAUACCAAGGCAGAACAAGAGACUGAUUUCUGGAGUCUUUUUUAAAGGAAUGUUAAUAAUUUCUGAUGUGUCACUGAAUUUAAAGUUGUAUUUCAAGCAUGAUUUUUUUCCUAGUAUGGUCAUCACCAAAAAAAAAAAAAAAAGCACAGGAGUAGGCAAAAGGCAGUUACUUAAUAUAAACUCUCACUUUUAUAUAUGAACAGAACAAUUGGUCUGACAUGGUACCUUGUUGCACUUGUAUCACUACAUAGCACUUUUGAUAUCUGGUAGCUCAAAGUGCUGUCCAGAUGUGCUG